CCCUUGACAGACGACGCUAGCUCGCGAACUACUUGCUCAAAACGAAAGCUAACCGCGGAAGAGGGGAGGCACCGGAAAACGAAAACAAAACACUUGUCUGAUAAAAUUCCCGACACGCACAUUCGCUCUUUUGUAAGGAAUUCGCCGACUGUUUAAAGAAAAGGUGCAUUUUUUUUGGGGAGGGGGGGGGGGGUGAUAAGUCUGGCCUUUUCGCUGUCAACCGCAGCAACAACACCUGAACGAGUUUCACAGCUGGACCUCGCCAAUGUGCUCUUUGUUUACCUCCAAAGAGCGCCUCGUCAAAUUCGGGAAUGGCGAAUAUCCACGGCUGGAGGUGACGUGUUGUGUUGGAAUGGAGUCAGUAGCGACGGCCGCGGCGACUCAACACUGACGCCGCUGUAACCGCGAUGGCGCACUUCGACACGGAGUACCAGCGCCUAGAAGCGUCGUACAGCGACUCCCCGCCGGGCGAGGAGAACCUGCUGAUGCACGUCCCCGAGGGCGCUAAAUCCCAGUGGCACCAUAUCGAGAACCUGGACCUGUUCUUCCAAAGAGUUUAUAAUUUGCAUCAGAAGAAUGGAUUCACGUGUAUGCUCUUGGGAGAGAUCUUCGAGCUGGUUCAGUUGCUGUUUGUGGUGGGCUUCACCGUGUUCCUUGCCAACUGCGUGGAUUACGACAUCCUCUUCGCCAACAAGUUUGUCAACCACACGGAUUCGUCCAAGGUUACUCUGCCCGACGCUUUGGUGCCCGUGGACAUCUGCAGCGGACGCAUCCGAGACAAAGCAUUUGUCAUCUUUGUGCUGUUGAUCUCCGGGGUGUUUUGGCUCCAUCGCCUGGUGAAAUUCAUCUACAACGUGUGCUGCUACUGGGAAAUCCGAUCCUUCUACAUUAACGCUCUGAAGAUGACAAUGUCGGAGCUGCCGUGCGCAACAUGGCAGGAGGUUCAGGCUCGGAUAGUAGAAAUCCAGAAGGAACACCAGAUCUGCAUCCAUAAGAAAGAGCUGACGGAGCUUGAUAUUUAUCACCGCAUCCUACGCUUCAAAAACUACACGGUUGCCAUGGUGAAUAAAUCUGUGCUUCCUGUGCGCUUUCGCCUUCCUCUACUAGGAGACGCUGUGUUUUUCACGCGGGGCCUCAAGUACAACUUUGAGCUCAUCUUAUUUUGGGGGCCAGGCUCUCUUUUUGAGAACGAGUGGAGCCUGAAGUCGGAGUAUAAGAGAGGAGGAAACCGUCUCGAACUGGCCGACAGACUGGCAACGCGCAUCCUGUGGAUCGGCGUCGCCAACCUCCUCCUGUGUCCCGUCAUCCUAGUGUGGCAGAUUCUCUAUGCUUUCUUUAGCUACACGGAGGUGAUAAAGCGAGAGCCCGGUUCUCUCGGAGCGCGAUGCUGGUCUCUUUACGGCCGAUGCUACCUGCGCCACUUCAAUGAGUUGGACCACGAACUCAUGUCCAGACUUAGCAAAGGCUACAAGGCCGCAUCCAAGUACAUGAACUGUUUCCUCUCUCCUCUGCUGACCGUGGUGGCCAAGAAUGUCGCCUUUUUCGCCGGCUCCCUCUUGGCCGUCCUGAUCGCGUUGACCAUCUACGACGAGGAUGUGCUCGCCGUUGAACACGUCCUAUCGUCGAUCACGCUGCUGGGAGUGUGCAUUACAGUGUGCAGGUCAUUUAUCCCUGAUAAGCACAUGGUUUUUUGUCCCGAGCAGUUGUUGCGAGUAAUUCUGGCUCAUAUUCAUUACAUGCCUGACCACUGGCAGGGCAACGCGCACAGAUAUGAGACCCGAGACCAGUUCUCACAGGUCUUCCAGUACAAAGCCGUGUUUAUACUAGAGGAGCUGCUGAGUCCAGUGGUGACUCCCAUCAUUCUCAUCUUCUGCCUGAGGAGGAAGUCGCUGGAGAUCAUCGACUUCUUCAGGAAUUUCACCGUGGAGGUGGUGGGUGUGGGAGACACUUGCUCCUUUGCCCAGAUGGACAUCAGGCAACAUGGCCACCCUGCGUGGAUGUCCGAGGGGAAGACUGAGGCAUCCAUCUACCAGCAGGCAGAGGACGGCAAGACAGAGUUGUCCCUGAUGCACUUUGCCAUCACCAACCCGCAGUGGCAGCCUCCCCGCGAGACCACGCACUUCAUCAGCCAGCUGAAGGAAAGAGUUCAGCGGGAGGCCACCGGGGCUCCCUCAGAUCCCCAUCCGCUCUCGGAAUCUGAACCGAGGAGCCUGAUUGCCAAUUUUCUUGUGGCGCCGUCAGCUCUGGCCUCUGUUCAUUUUGGCCAGGACGGUUCAUUGAGUGGUCACGCGGUGGCGGCAAGUGACGCGGUGGCGGCCUUACGCUCACUUUCCCCAAUAAGCAGCAGUCUUCACCUGAGGGGCAGCUUCGGUGCAACUUACAGGACCGCCGGCCACGCCUCCUCUAUGAGCAGGACCAUGGCUGGCUCCGGGACGGAUGCCCGAACCGUGAGUUCAGGCAGCAGUGCGUGGGAGGCUCAACUCACCAGUUUGGUCUUGUCAGAGUACGCCUCCAUGGAGAUGAGCAUCCAUGCACUUCACAUACACGAGUUGCACAAACAGCAGUUCCGAGGCGAUACGCUCUCCCGCCACACGUGGCACAGGCAAGAGAGUGACGAGAGCAGCGACAGCGUCCCAGACGAGGUGAAGAGUGUGCCCGGCACCCGCUACAAAUACUUUCCACGCUCGCACACAUUCCCUACCACGGUGCCCAGUCCCACCGCCAUCCCCUCUUCGGCUUCCGAAGGGGCCGCCACUGGUCUGGAGGGGGCAUCGUCACAACAAGGUGGCGAGCAGCGCCCAUACAGCGGUUCUUUAGGGGCAAGGGGAAAGGUGACCAGGUCCGCCCGUGCGCCGAUGGGUCGCUGGUCAGAAGAGUUGCAGCAAUCUGCACCACGCUGCCACGAGUCACUACCGGAGGACAGCUCCGAGGACGAGAUGCCACCGCACAUACACAAGGUUUGUUAGUUGGUACAUUGGAUCAACCACUGGGUUCCUUCCCUUCAAAGAAACGUAAACACACUACCCUUGACUGGACCUUUCUCCUGGACUCUGAUACAAAGAAGAAUUCAUCAAAGCGGACCCUGAAUUGAUUACUGUGGGUUGCAUUGGUCAUUAAAGUUAUCGCGGGGGGCUGCAUAAUAAUGUUCCUAAAGUUUUACUAUAUGUUCUUUGAGACACUAAAAGGGAAGUUCUGUAAUUUUUUUAUUAUUUUUUUUAAAGAAUGAAUAUACACUACUCACAAAAUGUUAGGGGUAUUUGGCUUUCGGGUAAGAGUUCAGAAUGCAUUCAAAAUGCACCAUAACCUCUUCAGUUGGAACUUAAUUUGACCUAAAUGCACAUGUCUGUGAUUUUUGCACAACUUUCUGUUCUCCAACAAGUAGCAAAUCACAACAGGUUGUUGGAUCUAUGACUGGACCCAUACAUCUCUUGGCUUCAUGAGAAUUGUUAUUGCAACUGUUCUCUUCAUCACAUCUUUAGAAAUUCUUAAGUACAGGAAGUUCUGACAGGAAAUUGACCACUGAUUUUACAGUACCACAUUGUCAUCAGCUGGUUGCAACAGAGACAAGAAGAGUUCCAAAAAGACAGAAGUGGAGGUCCUAGGAAAUUUUCAUGGCUCAAACAACUGUUAUGAUUUUUGCCGUUCACAUUUUAAAGUUAAGUGAAGGUCAAAUUAAGUUCACCUGUGAAGGUUAUAGUGCAUUUUAAGUUUGUCCCAAAAUGUCACCAGAAUAUCCCUAACUUUUUGUGAGGACAGUAGUGUGUCUACAGUAUACCACUAACAAUACAACGUGUACUUGCUCGAGCUUGCAGGUUCAGCGCCAAUCAUGUUGCACAUGUUCCAUUCCAUAGUUCAAGUUCUGUGCUUAUUUUUCUUUUUUUUAAAAGCGAUGGGUUAUGCGCGCUUAAUCUAAAUAAACAGAUUUGGAUGGUCUGUGAGCUGUGCAAAAAAUAUUGAGGUCAUAUGAACCCUUCUUAGCAUAACGUGCAUGACUAUCAUCCAUUAAUGCUAACUAAGAGAAUAGCUGUUAGUCCAUCAUAACAAUAGCAGCAUGACUCAAAAUGUCAUCAAUUCACCAUUCUCGAUGCACUUUAAUGACUCGUUAGAACUUCUGUUAGGCUGUUUGCAUGUCUCGCCUGAACGUUUACGUUUUUAAGCUGUGUAAUUAUGUCACUCACUGAAGGGAUGUGCCAUGAAGUUGACUGUCAAUCAAAUUACAUGCUGGUGGUUCAAGGGUGUAAUAGCGACCUCUUAAUGUUGUAAAAUAACUGGUUUGUAUAAAUGUAAAGUCAGCCAUUAAACUGACGGAAACUAUUUUCUUCCCUUGCUGUACGUGCUCUAGCCUUUUCGGUUUAACUGCUUUGUAUAAAUGCAAAUGCAAAUUCAGCCAUUAAACUGACACUUUGCUGUA